CCAAACUCUCAUCUCUUUCUCGCUCUCUCUCUCUCUCGAUUUGUGGCUUUGUUAGCUUCCAUUUUCUUGCUAUGUCUCCUUUUCUUGUUUUUCUUCUUAUAAGCUUUUCUUUGCAUGCAUGCAACGCUCGCUUUCUUGGCUUCAAUGACAAGGAUCUGCAUAAAGUGCAUCUUCAUCAGAUUUCAAUUCCAUCUGAAAUGAUCUCUCCAGCUCCAGAGGAAGUUGGCGAGAUAGAUAGGAGGAGAAUCCAUGAGAAUUCUCUAAAUAUUGGUGCAACUACUAUGAAGCAGAAUAAAGAACUAACUUCUUUUAAGGAAGAAGAAAGCACAAAAACAGGAAAUGAGCUUAUCGUAUUUUCGCAGGAUGGUUUGCAAGACAAGGAUAAAAUUGAGGGAUGGAAGAGGCCACGACGGUCCAUGCUAGGAUCGGUACCAAGUGAUACAGAAGAAGCUGUGGAAUCCAACGAAAACGACAUUGCGGAAGGCGUAGUAGUUACAGAUUAUGCACAACCUCAUAGGAAGCCACCUAUCCACAAUGAAAAACUUUAGAUCGAUAUUUUUCUAUAUAUUUGCAAAAUUAUGCAUUUCCGUUGAUGUCAAAUUAGAACAUGAUGUUUCCUAAGACUAUUCUACUAGCUAUAAGGUUCUUAAAAAAAAUGCUAUAAAGUUCAAAUAAUGCACUCUUGUCUUAGCUUACUACUAUUAUUACAAAAAUAUAAUUUCUCUAGAAGAUGGUUUUAAUGGUUGUUUUGCUUUAGAAAAGCACACUAUGAUGUUUUUAAGAAGGAAGUCACCGCAAAUCACAAUCAGCUGAUCUCUUGGAUUGCUAUGAUAAAUAGCUGAGUUGCUAAAUAAAAUCAAUUCAUCCUAUUUCAUAAUAAGAUCCGAGACGUAAUAUGGUUCUAAAGGAUGAACUGAAUACAGAGCAAUUAAGUAUUAGUAGCAUACCAAAAAUAUGUUCUUCUUCAUUAAUGUGUCUGCUCGGGGUUGUCCAUUGGAAGAUGUUGAAUA